GUGUACUGCGCGGGUGUGCGCGCAGCCGGAUUGGGGCGGCGGGGGGCGGCGCGGGGGAGGCGGGGGGAGCCCCGCGCACCCCGGCCGGGAGCGGCCGUGUCCCCCCCCGCCGCCGCCGCGCACAGCCGCAGACACGGGCGGCCGCGCCGGCAGCCGGCAGCUCGCAUGCAGCCGCGGAUUACAGCGGGGCGAGGGCAGCGCGGGCUCGGCUUUUAUCCCCCCCCGGCUCCCCCCCUCCGGCCCGCACUCCGCCCGCCACCCCAGCCGCUCGCCGCGCCGCUUGUUCGGCGGCUUUUCAUCUCCGGGGGUAGGAGGGAGAUGCCUUUGUCGUGGUUUUUCCACCCCCAGUCCUCUCCGUGCCGGGGGGGCGGUGAUGUGGUGCCGGGAAUGUAGAGCAAAACCCUUCCCGGGAAGGAGCAACCAAAACAAACCUCUCGCCGUGGCUUUGGCGGCCGCGCGGUGCCCGGGGAAGCCCGAGCAGCCCCUGCCAGCGCCGGGGAAUCCCUCCCCCAGCCCCCGGCGGUGCCCCAGGCUCCCGCGGAGCAAGCUUCAGGAAUGGAGCUGUCUAUCUGAAGAGCACUCUCCCCAAAUAUUUGUAGUCUCCGAGCUUAUUCUGCUAAAGACUUUGGUGUUACAACUGCAUCCUUUCCAGAAUGGCUGAGAAGGCUCCACCAGGGAUCAACAAAAAGUCUUCAAGGUCUACCCUUUCCCUGCCUCCAGAACCAGUGGAGAUCAUUAGGAGCAAAGCCUGCUCGCGGAGAGUUAAAAUAAAUGUUGGUGGACUCAACCAUGAAGUGCUGUGGAGGACUUUGGACAGACUUCCAAGGACACGAUUAGGAAAACUCAGAGACUGCAAUACUCAUGAAUCUCUGCUAGAAGUAUGUGAUGACUAUAAUCUAAACGAAAAUGAAUAUUUUUUUGAUCGACACCCGGGCGCUUUCACUUCCAUUUUGAAUUUCUACAGGACAGGGAAACUACAUAUGAUGGAAGAAAUGUGUGCUCUUUCUUUUGGCCAGGAGCUCGAUUACUGGGGGAUUGAUGAGAUAUAUUUAGAAUCUUGCUGCCAGGCAAGAUACCAUCAAAAGAAAGAGCAGAUGAAUGAAGAGCUGAGGAGGGAGGCAGAGACAAUGCGCGAGAGAGAAGGGGAAGAGUUUGAUAAUACCUGCUGCCCAGAGAAAAGGAAGAAGCUCUGGGACUUGCUGGAGAAACCCAACUCAUCUGUGGCAGCAAAGAUUUUGGCCAUUGUGUCCAUUCUGUUCAUCGUACUGUCCACUAUUGCUUUGUCUCUUAACACGCUGCCAGAGCUUCAAGAAAUAGAUGAAUUUGGGCAGCCAAAUGACAACCCUCAGCUAGCACACGUUGAAGCUGUGUGUAUUGCUUGGUUUACCAUGGAGUACCUUUUGCGUUUUCUGUCCUCACCAAAUAAGUGGAAGUUCUUCAAAGGCCCGUUAAAUGUCAUUGACUUACUGGCUAUCUUGCCGUACUAUGUCACCAUUUUCCUCACGGAGUCCAAUAAAAGUGUCCUGCAGUUCCAAAACGUCAGACGUGUGGUUCAGAUAUUUCGUAUUAUGAGGAUCCUAAGGAUUCUUAAGCUGGCCAGACAUUCAACAGGCCUUCAGUCUUUAGGUUUUACACUGAGGCGGAGUUACAAUGAAUUAGGCUUGUUGAUAUUAUUUUUAGCCAUGGGAAUAAUGAUAUUUUCAAGCCUUGUAUUCUUUGCUGAAAAGGAUGAGGAUGCUACAAAAUUUACCAGUAUUCCUGCAUCAUUCUGGUGGGCAACAAUCACUAUGACUACUGUAGGAUAUGGUGACAUUUAUCCUAAGACAUUAUUAGGUAAAAUAGUUGGAGGACUUUGUUGUAUCGCUGGAGUGCUGGUCAUAGCCCUGCCCAUACCAAUUAUUGUGAACAAUUUCUCAGAGUUUUAUAAGGAGCAGAAAAGACAGGAGAAGGCAAUUAAAAGGAGAGAAGCACUUGAGCGAGCUAAAAGAAAUGGCAGUAUUGUCUCCAUGAACCUGAAAGAUGCCUUUGCUCGCAGCAUGGAAAUGAUAGAUGUAGCGGUAGAUUCAGGUAAGCCUGGAGAAGUAGACAAUCCAAAGGAGACACCUGAUGACAACCACCUGUCUCCAAGCCGGUGGAAGUGGGCCAGAAGGACAAUGUCUGAAACAAGCUCAAACAAGUCUUAUGAGAACAAAUAUCAAGAAGUUAGUCAACAGGACUCCCACGAGCAAUUAAACAACGCCGCAGCGUCCUCCAGCCCACAGCACCUCAGUGCCCAAAAACUGGAGAUAUUGUAUAAUGAAAUUACUAAAACUCAGUCUCAGCCUAAUCUUAAUGCUGGUUACCAAGACCAGUCAGCAAAGCCACCUGUCUAUGAAGAAGAAAUAGAAAUGGAAGAAGUUUCAGGUCAGAGAGAUCCGUUGCCGACUGGACCUAUGGACAUCGUAACAGACAUGAGAAGCACAUCCAGUAUUGACAGUUUUGCCAGCUGUGCGACCGACUUCACGGAAACGGAGAGGUCUCCCCUUUCUCUGUUUCCUGGUUCUCACUUGCAAAUGAGAUUUCCGGCUGAUGCUGUUAACCUGGAAGGCAACCAAAGAGUAAGGAGUUCUCAAUUUAUAUCAUUCACAAAAGACACGAUGUUUUCUCCAACUGAUGUCACCUUUGACUAUAAUCCAAUCGACAGAGGUGUUAUCAGUGACAGCAGUGGAUCCCAAACUGGUUUGCAUGGUCAUUUGCAUUUAGACACUGCCACGGAAAGCCCCAAAAGUUCCCUGAAAGGCAGCAACCCAUUAAAAUCUAGAUCCCUUAAAGUUAAUUUUAAAGACAAUAGAGCUGGUGCUCCACCAACUCCACCAAGCACUGCGAGGCCACUGCCAGUGACGGCAGGAGCAGACUUCACCCAGGCCACCCCUCAGCACAUCAGCACCAUUCUCCUAGAAGAAAAUUCACCCCAAGGUGGACGACCUUUACUUGGUGCUGACGCAUCAGCACUUUGUCAGGGACCUGUUAAAAAAUCAUCCCCUGUCUUUCCCAAACAAAAGGUUUUCACUUUCCCUUCAAAAGAGAGGAGGAGCUUCACUGAAAUAGACACGGGAGAAGAAGAAGAGUUUAUGGAGUUACGUGGUAUAAAACACGAAAAGCAACAGGAUAUCAAGACAAACUGCUGUGGCGAUAAACACCGUGAUGGCAACCAUUUAACAGAGGAGCCACAGGUCAGCUCUUCACCCAAAAGCAUGAGCCACAACUGUACCCAAGACAUUUACCAUGCUGGGGGUGAGGUAAAGAAAGACAGUAACCAAGAAGGUCACAAAAUGGAAAACCAUUUAUUUGCCCCAGAAAUUCACUCAAGUCCAGGAGAAACUGGUUACUGUCCCACACGCGAAACUAGCAUGUGACUAGUUACAAAAGCAAUAAAAAUAACUUUUCUUAAAACACAGUUAGUAAUGCCUAUGAACUAAAACAUGGAAAGCCUCAAAAAAAAGUGCAUAAAAUGUUAUUUUUGCAUGGCAUGAAGAGUCAUUUAGUUUAAAUACUGUUUAAUUUAAAAAAAAAAAAAAAAAAAAAGACUGCUUUUUUUUUGUAACAAACUGAAAAAAAAAAAGAAAAAAAUUACUCAAGAACAGUGAAUAAAAUAAAGCAAGCUCCAUUAGGAGCCAGUGUUCUGCAACAUCUGACAUUUUUGAUCCUUUCACUAAUGAUUGUAGACAGAUUUUGAACUCUUUUAACUUGUUUUGUUUUCUUGGUUACAACGAAUUUUAGAAUUUGCACAUGAAAGGAUGAAAUGUCAAUGCAUGCAUUCAUAAAGAUGUGAAACAAGGUGCUUUGAGCUUGCAAAAUGCAUAUAUUUGUAAAUAGUUUGGGGUUGGGGGAAAAGCUACUGUUAACAAGGAUUUAUGGAAAAAGCAUUUCCUGGGACACAGGUACUUCCUUCACAGCGUGCUGCCUGGAGGUUUUGUACAGACUUAUGUUGCAAAAUUGCAACUUCUACUUAAAGCAUCUCAUGUAUCUUGCUUUCUGUUUAAAAGCUCAUGAGUAUAUCUGUUAAUUAAGGACUAGAGUAUUUUAGUUUAUCUGUGCUGUAAAUCACAAUUUUUUUUUAAUUUACAUAACUUUAGUUAUUGCAUUUGUCGGUUUAAUCAAUGAUCCUGUAAGGAAAAGUAAAGAUUUAAUGACCAGAACUUGCAGCAUUUGAUAUUUUUAUAGAAAACUGCCAACAUUUCAUAACUAAAAAAAAAAAAAAAAAAUUCCAUUUUAAAAUGAAAAAAAAAUUGAGUUAUUUCUAUGGCAAUAAAUAGUGCCAAAUGGCUAUACAGACAUAUCCGAAACUUCUCAAUCUCUUUAAUUUGGUAUUUAACAAAAAAAAAAAUCCACAUUCUUUUUUUCCUUUGAUUUAACAAUAGUUGCUUCUACAUGAUCUUUGAGCUCUCUUUCCCUUUUCUUUACAUGCAAUGCCCACACUUCAAUACUGGCAAUGUUCUUGAAGCCAUUGUGGUGCAAGGACAUAAGAGACCAGCUUUGUAGGGGGAAGCAGUACCUUGUAUUAUCACAAAUCAUGUAGCUGGAAAAAGCAGGCUUCACAUACAUGUGACUUGCCCCAGGUCUUCCAUGCCCUGAAGCUUGUCUGUGCUUUUCAGUUCAGUCAUUUGGACUGACAGAAGGUAUCACCUGACUCACCAACUUUGCCUCAACCCAUAUGCCCAUGGCUGUUCCAAACGCAGAGUAUAGGCUUUCCCCUAUGCUUAAAUAAAGGGAAAUGUCAAUCCUGCCAAAGCAUCUUUGGUUUCUCUGACAUUCUCCAGCUUUGUAAAAGAAAGAUGCUGAACUAUAACCUCCUUUACAAAGUACCCAUCUAACCACUAUCUGAAAAAAGCUAUUAAUUUUUUAUCCAGCACCAAUAGCUUCCUGUGCUAUAAUACAAAAAAAAAGCCUAUAGAUCGCUUUAAUUCUUUAAAUCAUAAAAAGUUUAUUAAAUUCAUCAUCCUAAUCAUAAGCAAAAAUAUGCUGCUACACAGGCUUGUCCUAUAAAACGUUAUUUUUAUACAUUAUUUUUAGGAAAACGGAAUACAGGUCUGUUUUUGGUGUCUGCUAUUUUUCUGCUGAGAUUGGAUACUCCCUUACAAUAGUUCUGUAAGAGCAUCAGUCCAGCCUCACAGAAGACAACCAGAGGGUCCAGCAGUUCCAGGUCUGAGGAGGUGUUUAGAAAUUCCGGCAUCGGUUCCCUGCUGCUCCUGGGGCUGUUUGCCGGAGUUGGGGCCUCACACCUCCUCGUGCACAGGAAGGAGCAAAUGCUUCUUCCAGAUCAGCGCUGUUGCAAAGACACUGAGACAGCAAGAAUGGAAGCCUUAAAAGCACUUUAGAUCAACCAACAUGUGGUUUGUAACAGCAGGCUUCUACUUCGUGUAGUACACCUAGGUUAAUUUUUGCUUAUGUGUCAUUUUCUGUCACUUACAUAAGUAAAAGUCAGCACCUAAUGCAUUUAAUGUCAAAGAGCAAGCAUUUUUGUUGCAAGGUUGCCUUCUGCUUGAAAUGGCUGGGCUGAUGCCACAGACCUCACUCAGGCCUGGCCCAUGGAAAAUGAGGCAAGUUUGAAAAGCUCCAAAAUACGGAUUCUGGUGACUAAGCCAAACAAUGAGCCCAGCAUAAUCUUUUGGUUUAAACUAAAAACCAAACAAAGAAACAAAAGAAUGUUCUCUAUCUUUCCAUAAGUUUUCUGAUUUUCUUAACGAGAUAAUGUUGAGGUGUCUUUUCAGUCAUUUGAAAAACUGGGAAUAUAAUGUUAUUUUUUCUGAACAAUGUCUGGUCAUUAAUUCUCAAAAUAAAAAUGUGGGUUUUUUUGUCCUUUGUUGCAGUUCAUUGCAACUUCUUGCUGCAUUCAGUUUUACCGAUUUCUAUGGCAUUCUGCUUAACAUGUUUCAAUCAUGUUGUGUCUCAGUGUUCCAAAACUUAGCUCUUGAGUAUUUUAUAGUCAUUAGUCUUCUAUAUUUAUUUUUUUUUUUUCCUAGAUAUUUUCAGUGACUGAAACUAAAUGCCAGUCAAUUUUUAUAUGCCUACAGUGUUGGUCUGUAUUUUCUAUGUGCAGUUUUAGGAAAUCACAUGGGCCUGUUCGAUCUGCCUUUACAUCCUAGUGAACUAAAGAAGACCAAACUAAGUCCAAAUGGGAUCUGAUCCCAUGCUCUGGAUCCACAGAAAAAUCCCAUUCAAGAUGAUGACAUUGUUCUGGCAAGACUGAGAUCUGUGUUGUGUUCCUACCAUGUGCUUUUGUGCCCAGGUGACCCUUAUGCUUUGGAAAAGCUCCCUCAGAUCUGUGCCACUCAGUAGAAAAGGAGGAAUCCAGCCAUGGGGAACAUAUGGCAGGAGCAGAGAUUUGAUUCCUUAAGCUCUCCUGAGCUAAACUUUAUGCAAACCUGAUUCUGCCCUAUUAAAAUCACUAACAAGUCAACAGUGGUAAAAUCAAAGCCUCAAUCCUUCUGCAGAUGAAUUUCCCCUGAAACCAAUGGGAAUCUGAUGGAAAAAGGGACUGACUGAAAUACAAAUAAGGAUGGCAAGAGUCUCUCUCUCUCUUGAUUACAAUCAACAGGAGCUUUAACUAUAUAAAUCAAAUGAGAAGACUAGGCCCUUAUUGACUGCCAUAUUUUAAAUGUUUUCAGAGAAGCACAUUUAUUUUGAAAUUUUACAGGCAAAGGAAAUGCAAUUCUCUUUAUUAACAGAUGUAUUUUUUUUAAAUCUUGGAAGCAGAAGCAUCAAGCUUUAGAAGUGCUUUUGGUAUAAUUUCAUUAUAUACUUUCGACUAUGCUGAAUAUUAUUUCCAGAAGCACAGGCUGACACAUCCAUAUUUUCCAGUCUUGACUGCAUACACGGGAUCCACUCCUGAACACCGAGCUCAGAUAUAACUCCUGAUCAACGUAUUUACUUGAGCAGUUGCAGGACUGGCCCAAGCUUUCAUUACAGUGCAGCAGGUGUAAGAAGUGCAGUCCAGGAUCACUUCAUUCAUCAUGAAUUGCUAUGUAGCAAAUUAUGCAAAAUUACCUGAGUAUAUUUUUCUGGUUUUCCAAAACUUUGAAGCCAUUUCAGACUUAUUACCCAUUCACCAGAGUAAGGGGAAGGUUGGUUUUGAGUUCUGGAGACAAGUCUCCAACAGCUGCGGAAUUUCAAAACAACUUAAGGAAUCUUAAUAUUAAAUUACUCCCCUGUGCAUCUGAAAGGGGUCUGACUCUUUGUAUCACUGGAAAAUGAAGAUUGUUCAGGGAGAUAGCUUUGCAAUCAGUCUAUUUUUUAUAUUUUACACUAACUGCAGAAUCUUGACUCAAAGUUUUAAUACAUUUUCAAUGAUGGAACCAAAUGUACACAUUUAAAAGAUGUUCACAGAGUAAUCAGAACAAUUUUUGAGUAAAUAGUCACAGUCAUCCAAAUCUAGGGUGAGGGGAAUAAUAUAUCGCACAAACUGCAAAGGAAGUUCAUGAAGGAAAGCUGUUUACAGGGCAAGCAUAUAACGUAACGAAUGUAACAUGGUACAGGAAGUCAUUGCACUACAGAAUUUAUAUAAAAUACACUUUUUUAAAUAAAAACACAAAAGGCCUUUUAAUGCUUCAUUGUAUAGAACAUAGUAGCCUCUGUGCUAAUGCAGCAAUCUAAUGCACUGUGUCCUCACAUCAAAAUUGGUCUCAAAUUCAAACAUUAGUGACGUCAGAGAGGUGAUGUCUGAUCUAACACUAGAGCAACUGACUUGAAGAGCUUUAUAGCACAAUACCACACAACCAAAAGUGUGUACAAAAAGUUGUAUUUUUGCCUAUAACAUGCAUAAAUCAAAAUGAUAUUUGGCUUCUUGAGCCUUUUCCUUACAGGUAACACCAGGCAACAUAUUUUUAUUCCCUGAAAAACAACCAGUUCUUUUAAAAGUCGAUCUCUUCCCCAACAUGUAGAUGGAGCUUCUGUUUCCUUAGGUCUAUUUGAAAUGAGGUUUUCCUUCAAAUUAUUUAAUUAACUUCUUCAACCUCAUAUCUAAACUGCAGUCUAGUACAAAAGCCAGUUGUCUUUUUCAAGCCCUAUUGCAAAUACAGUCAGCCUAGUAAAAAUGUCCAGGGCCUACCUGACUGGUUUUUUUCAUUCAUAUAUUUUUUGAAUCAUUUGGAGAGAGAAUAAAGUUUCACAUUAUGAUGAUGAAAAAAAUAUUUUAAAAGGAAAAAAAGCAAGAAAUAUGUUCUUUUUCAAAGUAGACAGCAUAGAUCAAGCAAGAAACAGCAAAGGGGGGAAGAAAGACAGAAAACAAGGCAUGUUUUAAUAUACUAUAUAAACAAGAGAUACAGCAAAACAUAUAUAAAAUAGUCCUUGCUCACACUUAAUGAGGUAAAAAAGCCAAUAGCAAGUUAUUUAAUUGCAGUCCUACUCCAUUUCAAUUUUUAUCCUAGAAUCAACAGGUCUCUACUGAAAUUUUUAGUAAUGUUCUUAACCACUUACGAGCUACAUGAACAUCCGAUCUGUAAUCAUUUUUCAGAAGACUUUCCUGAAAAAGAUGAUACUGUGUGUUCUUACCUUUGUCUAUCUUUGGAUCUCUUCCCAUUGCCCUCCAAACAUCAACCUUCUCUUCUUCUUGGGAGCAAUUAGAAGGCAACCCACCAAGCAAGUUGAUGUGUCUUGUUUAUCAGGAAAGCAUUUUGGUGGUCUGGUGGAAAGGCCAUUUGAACAAAGGAGCAAGAACUGAGUGUCAUUUCCUUCCAUUACUGUUGCAGCCAUAGCAUCUCACAGCUUCAUGUUUUCUAGUUUACUAAUGGUCCGACUGCCUCCAGUGUCUCCCUCAAGCUGCAAUAGGUUUCAGUGCAUUUGUUCAGUGCUUUUGCAAGAGCUUUUGUAAAAACAGUUGACUGCUAAAUGCUAUUAAGAGAGCCAUAGGUGGAAGUGUGAAUGUUUGUCUCUUGUCCAAUAUGUUUUAUUCUUUAGUGGUACUCAGUUUAAACUCCAGCAGAAAUGCUUUCACAUUCUAAAACAGAUCAGGUGUUGUGGGAGCCAUAUCCUUCACAGCUACACUAUUGGUUUCCUUUAUGAAGAAAGGUUGAGUGACCAGCAGGCAGAGACAAAACUGUUUUCAUCAUCUGAUGGUUUUUUGUUCAAUAAUCACACACCAUGUGACAUCUGCAGGUGGAGUAAUGUACUUGUCUUCGUAUUAGUUCUGUUGCAGAUUUAGAUAAUAUUUUUUAGAAGGGUGGUGUUAUGAUAUUUAAGAAGUAUUGCCCUUUAGUGCAACGGAGAUUUCUUUGAAAACAGCAGCGAUACCUUAUAGUCCUAUAUUCUUACUGAUUGCUAUUUAAUUUGGUUUUAUGAAAUGUAACACAGAUCCAGAUGGAUCCCAUUGUAGAACAAAGAAGGAGCACACAGGUAUUAUUGCUCUUUUAAAUUAAAAGUAGCUGAAGAACCUGCUAUUAGCUAACAUUUAAUUCAAAAAGGUAAGAUUAUCCUAAUUAUACGCAUGAACCAAACAGAAAGGUGACAUGUCAUUACCUUAGGCAUUGACUGUGGUCCUGUGGCUAAUGUAAACCCUGACUCUAAGAGCAGUCCGGGUGAUUAAUUUCGUUAGGGUAAUUUUUUACCUCAAGUAAGCAUUUAAAUAAUUUUUUAACAUGAGCAGGAGUAAUGUAUACUUCUAAACUGGGAAGUCUGUGUCUAUGUUUACACUGGCAUUAUGGUGGAAAUCAGGAGAGCUCUCUUGACAUGAAUCUCUCAGCUAUCUCAGCUUCUCAUGCUUCGGUUCACAUCACAGAGCAAUCCUGGACUAUGUGAACUGGAUUACUUUUCAAUGAAGCUGAACCAGAAAACUUGCUCUGUGAGGGCACCUCCUGUGCUGCAACCAGUACGAAGCACUUGGGUCUUGGUACCAGACUAGAUCUAGUCCCAAAUAGUACCCCUGAUAUAAAUGGGGUAAAUUGUCAGCACAAACUGUUUUCCUCAACAGAUUUGCUUAUAUUGUGUUGCGCUACUUGCUAAUGUAGACAUAGACUAUCUCUACCAUGGUUGUUACCUACAGUCCAUGUAGUCUUGGCUAAAUCCCUUAGUCAAACAAAUUUUGCUCUUGUCAUCAGUGGUAUUGCAUAAAAAGAGCAGUAUAUAGCCAAAGAUGAAAUUGUCCCCAGUGUGUUCUCCAUCUUAACCCAAGUGGAAUCACCUAAACAAUAGAUUCUUUAUAACCCUUGGAUAGUUGUGGUUUGCAGUUUGGACCACACUUUUAAACACUGCAUAUUUUUAUAGUCAAUUUACUCUAAAGUUGGUGUUACAUUUGAUUAAGGCAGUACAGACAGCACUAGAUUGACUCUCACUCCAAAAUCAUUAAAUCAGCAGAAUGAUUAAACUGACUGCAAGUAGCCCUAUUUCACUUAAUGGUAACUCUUCAUUUAUACUGGCAUGAAUAAAAGCAAAUGGCUCUGCAAAUGGCUGAGCAGUGAUGCAGGACCAGAAGCCCAGCCUGAAAAUUUUGUGCCAGUCCAUCAUGUCUAGGUAUCUUUCUAUUGGGAUCAUCAGCUGAAAUUUAUUUAAAUUGGGGGGCUAGUAGGGUUUUGAUAGUGUGCUUAGUUGCUCUGAUGUCUGGGACGUAUCUUAUUAAAGGUAAUGCAAGAAACAAAAAGCCUAUUCCUUAUCUUUUUUAAUGAUUUCAAAGUGAAGGACAUAUGUCUUCUGCUGCUAUUUUUGCUCUAAGUUUUGCUCAGAUAGCGUCUCUCAGUGGAAGUUCAGAAUACAAAACAUUUAUGCCUGUUCUUGAAGUCCUUAAGCAGAACGCCAAUGGGAAUUCUGCCUGUAUAAAACUGAAGAAUGGAGCAAUAUAUUAUAGCUUUAGGCAAGAGGAACAGUUUGUAACACAUACUACAAAGUGAAAAAAAAAAAGAAAAAGCACUGUUGGGGAUAAUCAGGGGUACUUCUGCUAAGAUGCAGAGUUCUGGAUUUAUACCUCUAAAUUUUCAAAGAGUUAUGCAGAGUUUUACCUAUAUAACUCUUUCAAAAGUCAAAGGAGCCAUGCUGAUAAGCUGAAAUAGGAAUGGAUUAGUGUACAAAGAACCUGAAAGUCGAAUACAUAGCCUAUUGCUUUAAGAUCACUGUAAAUACCAACUAAAAAUGUGUACUAAUUCAUGUUUAUAAGUUAUUACUGUGUUAGUUUCAUAGAUACAGUAGCAUGACAGUUAUUAGUUUUAUUGAGUUUAAUGAACUUUACUUUGUAUUCCUCUGUGAAUGCUCUGAAUGCUGCAAACAAAAAAAAAGCACAACAGUAUUUUUUCAAGUUCUCUUGGCGCGAUAGCGGUGUCUUCACUAUUGUUCAAUUUUACAGAAUUAGCAAAUUUUCAUCAUAAAUUGCUAUAUUAACAACAUACCUUUCUUUAAAAGAACUGUCACUAGGAGAUAAAAGCGUAUGUGAUAAGUCUUGUCUAAUCUCAUUCAUCUGCCUUUACAAAAUGCCCCAGACAUUUUGUGGGAGAAUAUGCUGCUUUUGCUUCAUGCGCUUUUUGUAUCUGAGGCUGGGGCAAGGGAAUAGUAGGGCAUUUUGCAAUGGUAAUUGCAUCAAACAUGCUUUUUUUUCAUUAUUAGUGUAUUUGUUAGGAACAUUCUGAUUUAAUUUCUUUUUGUAGAUAAGACUGUUUGAUAGUAGCUUUAUUUUUCCACCUAACCAUCUGAUUCCAUUAGACUAAUAACUUCUCACAUUUAGUGGUAUUUGUAUCAAUGUCUCCAUAUCAUCUGCAUUUUAACUUCAUAAAAAAAGGAAAUGUGAUUAUUAUUUUGUCAUACUAGCUUUUGCUGAUCAACUAAAUAUUUCUGCACCAAUCUACAUAUUAAUAUGCAUGUUGUAGUCUGUACAAUUGUUCAGCAUCAAAAUAUCUGUUUAAUUUAUGUCAAAUGUCUGUAAAAUAAAUGCAUUGUUCUCCAUUUCAGUCUGAUAGAAUAAGCAGGAUAGUAAAUAAAUGUGUAAAUGAA